UGAAUAUCCACCUUGUCCUUGCUAUUCUACGUGAUAUUAUUUCAAGAACAGAACUGCGCUUAUCCCGCGGAGCCAGUGGUGGUUGCCCGCCGUGGUUGUCGCUUGCCCGAGUUGUCAGCCCCUUUCCCUGCGAAGAACGCGGCAGUCAGUUACCCGGCUGGCUCUUCGCUUGACACGACAAGCAACAGGGCGGAGGGUGUUAUUUGCUCCAGAAGCUAGACGGAGACAAGACCCCGCGAUUGCGAUGCGCGCCGGCUUCCGCGCGUCGCACCCUUUCCCUCCGGCAGCAGAGAUGUUGGCGCUCCUUCUGGUCGCGCGGCGGAUCCUAGCAAAGGAAGCAUGUCAGCCGGAAGCCUGGGCCCCCCGUAGCCUACUGGUGCGCCGUGCCGCAUGAACAAGCGACAAAAGUGCACAAGUGUGCAGCGGGUUUUUUCGAAACUCACCCGCGGAAAGCUGCUCCCGUUAGCAAUCGCGGCGGAGAACGAGAAGCAGGGGGCGCAGCGGCCUAUUCUUGCUGUCUCGACUGUGACGCGCUGGCCUCCAGCGGUGCCCCACCCUGGCCCCGCGCCGCGCGCGCGCUUGCUUCCGUACCGGGUGGACCGCCCGGGCGGCGGGCCUCUUCGCCAGUGCCGCGCGCCGGCCGCGUGCGCCACUUAAAUGCGC